AUUCAGUUUGUGUGUGUGUGUGCGUGUGAAAGUGCUUGACAACACCUGCAAUUGCACAAAUUAUUUCGCGAUAACAGCAGCUCGCUAUGCUAACCGGCAGCUCAUAACACACUGUCAUCCACAGUCAUAGCACAAAUAGUACACGUGUACGUUGGCAACUCUGCAAGUGUGGGUGAAUUUUUAUCAUUACGUGUGAUUAGAUUGCUUUCAAUUUCAAUUUCAUUGCCGACCAGCACACAAUUAAGCUACUAGUGCCGGCUUGAUAAGCGCACAAUUACUCGACACUCAUAGUUUAAGUACAUUACCAAGUGAUAACAGAAUUACAAGCCGGAAAAAUGGCCGAUCUUAUCAAAAAAGGAGCGCUAUUGCUUAUGAAUCAGAAAUGCUAUGACAAUUACUUUUUGGAGCACAACUUCUUUGAUGUGCCCUGCUUCAAGGCUUUGUUGAGCAAAGGUCUGGGUUUGGGCAUUAUAGCCGGCUCAGUGCUGGUCAAAGUGCCGCAAGUGAUGAAAAUAUUGCAAAACAAAUCAGGCGAGGGCAUAAAUCUGUUUGGUGUUAUGCUUGAUCUGCUGGCUAUAACAUUCCACAUGUCCUACAACUUUAUGCAUGGCUAUCCCUUCAGCUCCUGGGGUGACAAUACUUUCCUGGCACUACAAACUGUGGCCAUAGCUGCUCUAGUGCUGUUCUUUGCUGGCCGCAAACCCCAUGCAUUCAUCUUUCUGCUUGCUUAUGCUACGCUAUUGUAUGUGCUUAACUCUGGCUUGACUUCAAUGAAAGUGCUGCUGACCAUUCAAAGCUGCAACAUACCCAUACUGCUGGUGGGCAAGCUCUCGCAGGCCAUGACUAAUUACAAAGCUGGCUCCACGGGUCAGCUCUCAGCCGCUACAGUCAUCAUGAUGUUUGCCGGCUCGCUGGCGCGCAUCUUCACUUCCAUACAAGAGACAGGGGAUACCAUGAUCAUAGUUACCUUUGUCGCAUCCACUUUUGCCAACGGCGUCAUCUUGGCACAGCUGCUUUACUAUUGGAAUAAGCCUGCUGCUGGCGCUGCCGCUGCCAAGAGCAAAUCGAAGAAGCCCAAGACCAAGAAGGAUGAUUAAGACAAACGCUAUUUUCACUUUAAGUGCUCGACGCUUUAGAACAAGAGUUUAAUAUUCACCUUAUGCUUAGUAAAUUUAUAAAAACAAAAUACAA